AUGCAAAAUACCAACCAAUCAGGAAGGCUAACAAAAUGGGCGGUGGAGCUUAGCAAACACAACAUCGUGUACAAGAACCACACAGCGGCUAAGUCGCAAGUUCUUGCUGAUUUCCUGAUCGAGCUAACGACGGAGCUAGAACAAGAUCUCGUGCUGCCAAGUCUGAACUGGAUAUUGCACGUAGAUGGUUCAUCUACGAACAAAGGUUCAGGGGCAGGCGUACAACUCCAGUCACCAACAGGCGAACUAAUCCGACAGUCGUUCAGUUUUGAUUUUUCGGCGUCCAACAACGAAGCCGAAUACGAGUCUCUCAUCGCAGGCUUUCGUCUUGCUAAAGCAGCGAAGGCUAAACGAGUCAGCGCAUACUGUGACUCCCAACUCGUGGUGAGACAAUUUCUAGGAGACUAUGACGCCAGGAACGAUAGGAUGGAUGCCUACCUGAAACUCGUCACAGAUCUUACACAAGACUUUGAAUUCUUCAAGCUCACGAAAGUCCCUCGCAGAGAGAACGUAUGUGCGGAUGCACUCGCAGCCCUUGGAAGCAAGUUACACGAUCAGGUGAAAAGGACAAUCCCGAUACAUAGGAUCGAGAAGCCAAGCAUCAGCCCAAUGACGGAACAACUUGCCAUCGCAGCAUCUAUCACCGACGUCAUGGACAUCGACGAAGGGGAACCCCGCACAACGGAAGGUCAACUCGAUGAUUGGCGAACGAAAUUCAUCGCUUACCUAUCCGACGGCAUAUUACCCACAGAGAAAUGGGAAGUAAGACGACUCAAAAGACCCAGUGCAUAUUACGUUGUCAUGGACGGAACACUCCAUCGAUGGAAUGCAACAAAAGUACUCCUUAGGUGUAUCUUUGGAGACGAAACAAGGCUGGUCAUGGCCGAAACACAUGAAGGAGCAGCAAGCAAUCAUUCGGGAGGACGAGCUCUUGCACUAAAGGUAAAAAGCCUCGGUUUCUAUUGGCCAACAAUGAACGCGGAUUGCGAAUCCUAUGUCAAGAAAUGCGACAAGUGCCAGCGACACGCUUCAACCAUACACAGCCCGACGGAGUUGCUCCAUACCUUGACUGCACCAUACCCAUUCAUGCGAUGGGGAAUGGAUAUUAUUGGACCAAUGCCGAGUUCUCGACAGAAGAGAUUCAUCUUGGUCCUCAUGGAUUAA